AUGCUUCGGCGCAGCCGGCUGACCGCGCUGACACGCAGCGAUGUCGUCAAUCGCGUUAUUGAGAUUGAGCUGCCGCGGUAUGCCGUGAUGCCGCUGGACCGGUUCCAGAACAGGUCCGAGUACUGGACCCUUUCGCGCCAUCCCAGCUCUAUUCCCGGCGGCAGCUGGACCACCUUCAACUGGAGGACCAACGCCAUAGGCGUCAAGACCCAGCGCGUUGAGUAUGCCGAUCAAGUGCGCCAACCCCAGGUCGAGAUUGCCUUUGACGAGCUGGUGUCGUAUCUGCUGGAUCUAGGUGCUGUGCCAGAUCCCCAAGGCUGGAAAUUGCUGAGAUCCACAGGGCUGUGGACACCUGUGGGCUGCUCCCUGAUGAUGUCUCCCGAUGGAAGGCAAAAGGCCCUUACGAUAGCCCCGUUGGAUGAUUCGGAUGGGUAUUUGUCUCUCGCCGUGGCCUGGUCUAGCUCAUGGAUCACACGCGAUCACGCCCAUCUACCGCCAUAUUGGGUUCGCUUACCAUCGCCGGCAGGAAAGUCAACAGAGCCAGGGUCUACCGUCGGUGGCUCUCAGAAGAAGGAACAUGAGAAAAAGGCACCAAGCUCCAACGAAUAUCAAGUUCAGGCCCAGGAUGGGGGCACUAGUGAAACCGAUUCGGUCCAACUUCAAAUUCACUCUGACGUUAAGCACGACAUAACCUGCGAGAUAUCCCUAUCCGGGCUUGUUACAGCACUUAUCCAAAGUGAUAUCAACAGCAAUAGCACUCCUGAGGAUUUAUACAUCAACCACCUUCGCAUACAACCUCGAAAGUCAGAUGGCGUUUGGUUUGCCAGUGCUGCUACAGCCUAUGGAACUUCCAGUCAGACCAUCCUCUGGAACUAUAAAAUUCCAGACACCAUCCUGUCGUUCUCUAGAAAAGAGACAGUUCCGUGCGGCGUCCUAGUGUUACUGGGUAUGGUAGAUGAGUCGGAGACGCCUGAAUGGGCUACGAAAUACAAUGACUAUGGCGCUUCGAUAGAUACAUUUGCACAGAGGGGUCGAGAGCAGCGGGCGGCCAUGGAAGCAGAAGCGCGCAUGGCCCCUGCGCAACGGCAACAAGCCGUCAAUGACAGAAUGCGCAGAGAGACAGAACAGCGCAUGCAAGACAUGCGUGAAAAAAUGAGGACAGAUCAACAGCGACGUGAUAAACGGACCAUGGAAGCUCUUCAAAGUCCAAAAUGGGAUACGAAACUUGUCGCCGAUUACUCUUUGAAAUGGCUCAAGGCUCGAAAUAUCUGGGACGAAUCCUUGUCGGUCAAAGAAGUUGUCGGUUUCAUGCUGCAUCGCAUGAUUCGCGAUGGAGAGUUCACCUCUGUCCUCUGCAAGAUGCUGGACACUUGGAAAGCGUGGGCUGAUGUGGGAGGAAUGAAGACUGCUGAUUACCAAGCCAUCCGAGAUGAUUUAUCUACGUUUGCUGAAGCCACUUUGCUUAUUGCUUUGAUCAAGGAUACGUCGGAUGCUUUGGAGGGUACACUAGCGAUGGAUUUGCAGGAAUGUUUGCGUAUAUGGCACAAAGUGCGGCUUGGAUAG